CUCUCUCUCUCUCUCUCUCUCUCUCUCUGUCCCCCUCCCCCUCCCUGUCCUUAUCUUUCCCUUCAGUCUCCAUGGCGACUCACCACCUCGGCUUGCCUGCAUCCCAGCCUCUGCCAGGGAUUCUGAGCCAGCCUCUUUCCCCACCUCCCUCCCUCCUCAGAAGCCCUGCACCCGCAGCCCUGUCUCCUCCCCCUGGGGUGAGUCCAGCGGCAGCCUCCUCUUUCCGGACUAGCAGACCCACCGGCACACUGAUUCUCCUGCUCUGACAGAGUCAGCUCCCAGGGGAGGCCGUCCCCCACCCCUCCUUCCAGGGCCACAGCUCAGCCAGCCCUUCAGGAAAGGCUAACCUUACCUCCAGCUGAAGGUCUCAGGAGCUUCUUCGCUACGUGGCAGACCCUCUCCCACCUCAGCCUCCCAUGCCGAGGCACACCUUGUCAGUCACUUCCUUUUGUCAUCGGCUUGGCAAACGGGAGCGAAAACGGAGCUUCAUGGGAAACAGCAGCAACAGUUGGUCCCAUGCACCAUUCCCCAAGUUGGAACUGGGUCUGGGGCCCCGGUCUGCUGUUCCCCGGGAGCUGCCCGCCUGCUCCAUCUGCCUGGAGAGGCUGCGCGAGCCCAUCUCGUUGGCCUGUGGCCACGACUUCUGCAUCCGGUGCUUCAGCACACACCGUGUCCCCGGCUUCGAGCCACCCUGCUGCCCCGAGUGCCGGAAGAUCUGUAAGCAGAAGAAGGGCCUCCGCGGUCUGGGGGAGAAGAUGAAGCUCCUGCCGCAGCGGCCAUUGCCCCCUGUGCUGCAGGAGAGCUGUGCAGUUAGGGCAGAGCCACUGCUGCUGGUGCGCAUCAACACCUCAGGAGGCCUCAUCCUCAGGAUGGGGGCCAUCAACCGCUGCCUGAAGCACCCCCUGGCGAGGGACACCCCCGUCUGCCUCCUUGCCGUCCUGGGGGAGCAGCACUCAGAGAAGUCUUCCCUCCUCGACCACUUGCUCCGGGGCUUGCCAGGCCUGGAGCCUGGUGGUGAGGGCAGCUGGUCCAGAGGAGGAGAGGGGUCCCUGCAGGGGUUCAAAUGGGGUGCCAGUGGCCUCAGCAGGGGCAUAUGGAUGUGGAGCCACCCCUUCUUGCUGGGGAAAGAGGGAAAGAAGGUGGCUGUGUUCCUGGUGGAUGCGGGAGAUUCCAUGAGUCCCGAACUGAGCAGGGAAACAAGGGUCAAACUCUGUGCUCUCACCACGAUGCUGAGCUCCUACCAGAUCCUGAACACCUCCCAGGAACUGAAGUACAUAGAUCUAGACUAUCUGGAGAUGUUUGUCCAUGUGGCUGAGGUGAUGGGCAGGCAUUAUGGGAUGGUGCCAAUCCAGCAUCUGGACCUCUUAGUUCGUGACUCAUCCCAUCCCAGCAAGGCAGGGCAAGGUCACAUGGGUGACAUCCUCCAGAAGUUGCCGGGCAAAUACCCCAGGGUCCAGGAGCUUCUCCUAGGGAACAAAGCCCGCUGUUAUCUCCUGCCUUCUCCAGGCAGGCGGUGGAUGAACAAAGGCCAAGGAAGCCCAGGAGGUGACACAGAUGAUGAUUCCUGCCACCUCCUUCGGCCCUAUGUCUUGGAUGUGCUCAGCGCAGCCCCGCAGCACGCUAAGAGCCGCUGCCAGGGCUACUGGAGUGAGGGGCGCACCGUGGGCAGGGGAGACAGACGCCUGCUCACCGGGCAGCAGCUAGCUCAGGAGAUCAAGAACCUCUCGGGCUGGAUGGGGAGGACGGGGCCUGGCUUCAGCUCUCCUGAUGAGAUGGCUGCUCAGCUGCAUGACCUGAGAAAAGUGGAGGCUGCCAAGAAGGAGUUUGAGGAGUAUGUGAGGCAGCAGGAUGUGGCCACCAAGCGCAUCUUCUCUGCACUCCGGGUCUUGCCAGACACCAUGCGAAACCUACUCUCCUCCCAGAAGGAUGCUGUCUUGGCCCGUCAUGGAGUGGCCUUGCUGUGCAAGGAGCGUGAGCAGACCUUGGAGGCCCUGGAGGCUGAACUGCAGGCCAAGGCCAAGGCCUUCAUGGACUCCUACACCAUGCGCUUCUGUGGCCACUUGGCUGCAGUUGGGGGUGCUGUGGGAGCUGGGCUCAUGGGCCUGGCCGGGGGCGUUGUGGGUGCAGGCAUGGCUGCGGCUGCACUGGCGGCAGAGGCUGGGAUGGUGGCAGCAGGGGCGGCAGUGGGGGCCACGGGGGCUGCUGUGGUGGGGGGUGGUGUGGGUGCAGGGCUGGCUGCCACUGUGGGCUGCAUGGAAAAGGAGGAGGAUGAGAGGGUGCAGGGAGGAGACAGAGAGCCUCUUCUCCAGGAAGAGUGACAGCCCAGGAAAUGUUAAAGAGUGGGAGAGAUGUGGGGUUGGGGAGAAAAUAGAGGAUGAGGCAGGGGCAAUACUAGGGAUUUUGAGGGGCCCACAUGUACCACAGUGCCCCUGUUGAAAGCCCACUGUUUAGACCCUGGCCAAGCUGGGACACAAGGUACAUCCAGGAACCUGGGGAGGUUUUCUGGGGCCAGAAAGCAGCCAGUGGGUAGAGCACAGGGUCUGUUUCUGUUAGUAGAGGAUUGUUGAUACGCUGCUGUCCUGGUCCUAGGUAAACUUGACCCGGGGUUUUCCGUUAUGAGUGAGGCUGCAUCCUCCCUUCUCCAGUUUAUUUUCCUGGGUGAUCUUGGAUUGGAGCAAGGUUGAGCAGGUGCUACCUUGCAAGUCUGUCCCUGGGUCAAAGGCUGUGUCAUCUCACAGAUGGAAGAGUCCCCAGGAUGGUUGGGUUUGGUGCUCAGGAGUGAAGAGCACCGACAGGAAUGGGGAGGAGAAGAGGAAGGGAUGCUGGGCCAAACCAAUGAAGCAAGUUGUGACAGACGGUGGCCGGGACCCCACAGUAGAGACACUUGCUCCCAGGAUGUAUUCCAGAGGGACUAAGGUGGCUGCCUGCCUUGCCCAGGCAGCCUGGCAGCUGUGUGUGUGCACCCUGAGUGGUCCUGUGCCUGGCUUGGGUUCAUGCCGUUGACCAAGUUCGUUCAGACAGAGGAGUGCCCAUGUUCUUUGUGGAACGCCCUUUCCACAACAGAUUAAAUGCCAAAGAAUCACACUUUAAUUGCAUUCUGAGCUAAACUAGUCUAUUCCAGAUUCUAUCAAAGCCUCAUAAAGGAACCAAAGGGAACAAAUUCUAUCCUUAAACAUGUCAUUUUUCCCUUGAGCUUGUGAGGGACCACUCUGCUCUGUCUUAGAACACCUCUUUGAUGCUGCUCCCCGAAUACCAGCUCCAUGGGGAGUUUGUGGGAAGCAUCUCUCUGGAGGACAGAAAGUCCUUCUAGGAAGAUUCUGGGCUACUAAAGUGUAAAGUGUGCUGGGCACAUGACCCUUUAUUUUCUGAAAAAAUAAAAUGUGUGUACGUGAA